AGAAACACCAGAUUCAGGGCACUUGCUGCAGUUUCCUGCAUCAUCAAUACAAAGGUCCAGUUUGGCCUGUUUAAGGGUGUUUGAGUCCAUUUCAAUGGUCACAGAUUCCUCUUGUUGGCUUCUGAAGCUGAUAACAUGUGCUUGAAUGUACAGCACACAGUCAUAUGGGUCUGCAAAGAGUUUUUAAGUUGGACUGCAAGUUUUUAUUCUUGUCGAAGGCCAGUGUGAUAUGAAACCACUUCCUGUUUAGGGUUAGCACUGUUUAAAAACCCUCUAAAGAUCACAGCUGAUCUGUGAAGAUGUAUUGUCUGACACAAAUAAUGGAUUUAGAGGACAUUUAUUAAAAUGCUGAAUGCAGAGACAUCGAGGACACAUUUGGAUCUCAAACACUGAAUCACAGCCAGGAUGAAGGAAAAGAUCAAAAGCAAAGAGGAAGUCUGUGUUUGGUGUUGAUGACAGUGAGUCUCGGGCUCAUUUGUGUUCUUCUGCUGGUCGGCUUUGGUUUGGAUUUUGAGUUCAUUCAGUGUUAGUCUUCCGUUUUACAUUAAGACUGAAAAUUUGAGAUUUUGAGGAAGAGAAGAUGUACAGAAGAAUGAGAAGCAUGGGAGACAGAAAUUGUGCAAAUGAGCAGUCAGGUGAUUCACAGGAUCUGAGGAUUGUGCUGCUGGGAGUCUCUGGAGCUGGAAAGAGUCCAACAGGAAAUGCAAUACUGAGACGAGAGGUGUUUAAAGAGAGCAGAACCAGAGAGACUGAGAUACAGAGAGGAAGAGUAGAAGACAGAAACAUCUCCAUCAUCGACACUCCAGGAUUCUUCAACACUCACCUGACUGAUAAAGAGAUGAAGAAGCAGAUGAUGAAGAGUCUGUAUCUCUCUAAUCCUGGUCCUCAUGUGUUCCUGCUCAUUGUCAAUUCGGAGACCUUCAAAGAGGACAAGAGGAAUGUUGUGGAGCAAAUUCAGGAGAACUUUGGAGCUCAAGCUUUCAAGUUUACCCUAGUGCUGUUUACUGGAAGAGAAAAAAUGUCUAACAGAGAAUGGAUGCUCUUUAUGGAUAGUGGAAAUUUUCAAGACAUAGUCAGUCACUGCAGAGGUAAACAUCACUCCAUCAACAGUAAAAGUGAGAUUAUUCCAAUUCACAUCACAAAGCUUCUGGAGAAGAUUGAUGAAAUCAGCAAAGAGAAUGAUGGCCAGUAUUACAAAAAUGAGAUUUACUCAGUUUCUCGAACAAAUAGCAGAAAAGAAAAAAGAAAACAAGAGGGAAAAAAGGACAGAAAAAAAGAGCAAAAGAAUGAGAUGAGACAAGAGCCAAUAAAAAUAGUGCAGGAGACAUAUGAAAUGGACAGUGUAAUGGCAGAGAGAACAGAAAAGGAAAGUUUUAUUUCUCGUGUGAGAGAAACAGAGAUAACUCAUGUAGGUGAAGAAAACAUUGUUGAAGAGAAGGUGGUUCGUACAUCAUCAGUAAGAUCACUGGCAAACUUUUUUGAAAGAAUGGAGGAGGAAAAUACAGUUCAGACACCAAAAGCUGGAAAAACAAGAAUGAUAUGGGGCCAGAAUAUACAACAGAAAACAACAGAACAACAUUUGGCCAAAACAGAUCUCAGGAUCAUGAUGGUUGGUAAAACUGGAGCUGGAAAAAGUGCAACAGGAAACACCAUCCUGGGACAAAAAGCGUUUAAAGAAGAACAAUCUGCUCAGUCUGUGACUGAGAAAUGCCAACAACAUCAGCAGGUAGUGAAGGGUCAAAUCAUCUCAGUGAUUGACACUCCAGGUCUGUUUGAUACAUCAAUCAGUGAAGAAAAACUGAAGGAGAAACUAGUGAAGUGUGUGGAGAUGUCUGUUCCUGGUCCUCAUGCGUUUCUGCUGGUCAUCAGACUGGACGUGAGAUUCACAGAUGAGGAGAAAAACGCAGUGAAAUGGAUUCAGAAGAACUUUGGAAAAGAUGCUGAACAAUACACCAUUGUUCUGUUCACUAGAGGAGAUCAGUUAGAUAAACCUAUAGAGGUGUUUCUGGCACAAAACAAUCAGAUUAAUGAGCUAGUCAAACAGUGUAAAGGUGGUUAUCAAGUUUUCAAUAACAAAGAUGAACAAAAUCAAUCACAGGUCAGUGAACUGAUCAAGAAGAUCGACAAAAUGGUGAAGGAGAACGGAGGAGGGCAUUACACAAACGAGAUGUAUAAGAGCGCUCAGAGGAGAAUAAUGCUGAAAAAGGCAGCCUUAGUGGGAGCGGGUGUAGCAGGUGUAGGAGCAGCAGCAGCUGGAGGUGCAUUAAUUACCGUUACUGGAGGAAUGGCACUGCCUGCAGCUUUAAUGGCAGGAGGAGUGGCUCUAACAGGAGGAACAACUGUAAGAGCUAUUGUAGAUAAACGUAAGAAGUAAUAUGUUGAGCUUAGUUAGAAAACCUGUGGAAACUGCCUCAAAUUUUCAAGAGAAUUAGUUCAUUUUUGAUGAAGUUGAUAAAACUUACUGCAACUUAUAAUAUAUAGGGUUACCAGGUGACUUAAGUAUUGACAACUCAAUUUGACAAGUUCUGCCAACAAAACAUUUUACUUAAAAAUCUGCUGAUUCAUAUUAUUAGAAAAGCAUAUGGAAACUGAUUGUUUUAUAUUUCUCAAGCAAGUUGAACUCAAUAUCGUUAAAAGACAGAUAACAGAUUGAUAGCACAAUUCUAGGACAUUUAUUAUUACUUAAAUAGAAAAUAAAAAGAUUGAUUUCCCUUUUCUGACAUCUUCUAGUUUUACCUGGCCAAAUUGAGAAAAGAAAAAACUUGGGUUGAAAAUCCACAAAGACUUCUGCUUUCCUGUCUCAAACCCAUCUUCAGUAACAAAGGCCCUGUUUACACCUGGUAUUAAGAUGCGUUUUGGUCGAUCAGAUCACAAGUAGACGAGGGAGACACAUUCCCGUUUACACCUGGUGUUUUAAUCCGUCUCUUUUUGUCCACAUCUGUCCUGAUUUCUUCAAGGGGAGUGUCUAUGGUCAGGUAAUUGAUUAGGUUUUUUCAGAUCUUUUGAUCUAAUAGGUAAAAUAAGCGCACACUAUUUACAUAUGAACACAACUAGAAAUGAUGGGAAAACACACAGAGAUCAUCAGCUUUCAUUUCUGCUCUGACAGCCACGAGACCAGCGGGUGUAUGUUAGGAAUCAAUCAUGUUUGGAAAACAUUGUGCUUAGCAUGUUUUUUGUGUUCAAAUCAAUUGUAUUGCUUCAGCCAGUAACGUUUAAAUCCCAUCUGGCUAGCUCACUCCCCAUGUUUAUUGUUUCAGUAAGCAGAUAGGCAGUCUUUUGUGGCUGUUCAAACACAUUCAACCAUAUGAGCAUUCCCACCCGUUUACACCUGUAUUUAGUGUUGGCCACUUGUGAUCUAAUCGACCAAAAUGCAUCCUAAAUCCAGGUGUACACAGGGCCAAAAGGGACAUUUGGCAUUCCUUAAGGCACAGAAGUACUGAUAGUGAUCAAAGCCUAUAGGCCAAGUUCUGUAUUUAUCGGGGGUCUGCUAAUUGUCACACCUUUACUAUGGUGGGGGAAACUGUAAUCUGCUGAUUGGUCAGUUUGAAUGUCUCAAUUUUGGUCUUUAGUCACAUGGUCAAGGAAGGGAUAAAAUAAGAUUGUAACUGCUGCUUGGUCUCUUUUCUUCGCUGGUGCUGUCUUUUCUCUAGCUCUCUGCUCUCUCUCUCUCUGUUUACAUUAUACAUACAUGCUGGGUACAAUUAACUGUAUAUGUUUUAUCGUUCAUCUAUUUUGUAAUCAUUUCAAGUUUAACCAUAAUAAAAUACUGUUAUUAAACCUU